AUGGCGGAGAAGGCAGUAACUAUCAGGACGAGGAAGUUCAUGACUAACCGUCUCCUCUCAAGGAAACAAUUUAUCAUUGACGUAUUGCAUCCAGGAAGGGCGAACGUCUCUAAGGCUGAGUUGAAGGAGAAGUUGGCCAAAAUGUAUGAUGUUAAAGAUUCGAACUCCAUCUUCGUGUUCAAGUUUAGGACUCACUUUGGUGGAGGCAAAUCUACUGGCUUUGGAUUGAUUUAUGAUUCUGUCGAGAGUGCGAAGAAAUUUGAGCCUAAAUACAGACUUAUCAGGAAUGGUCUUGAUACCAAGGUUGAGAAGUCAAGGAAGCAAAUGAAAGAAAGGAAGAACCGAGCCAAGAAAAUCCGUGGUGUUAAGAAGACAAAGGCUGGUGAUGCCGGCAAGAAGAAAGUGAGAUCAGAGCAGCCGACAAUCAUCACAGCACGCUGCGCUUCUCCAUUUGAAACCCUAGCCAUGUCGCUCGUAGCAAAUGAGGAUUUCCAGCACAUUCUGCGUGUGCAGAACACGAACGUGGACGGGAAGCAGAAGAUCAUGUUCGCUCUGACCUCCAUCAAGGGUAUUGGCCGCCGUUUUGCGAACAUCGUCUGCAAGAAGGCCGACGUCGACAUGAACAAGAGGGCCGGUGAACUCUCAGCUGCAGAAAUCGACAGCUUGAUGGUGAUUGUGGCCAACCCUCGUCAAUUCAAAAUCCCAGACUGGUUCCUGAACAGAAAGAAGGAUUACAAGGAUGGGAAAUAUUCUCAGGUUACAUCAAAUGCCCUUGACAUGAAGCUCAGGGAUGACAUUGAGCGCCUCAAGAAGAUCAGGAACCACCGUGGUUUGCGUCACUAUUGGGGCCUCAGAGUGCGUGGACAGCACACCAAGACUACCGGUCGUAGGGGAAAGACUGUUGGUGUCUCCAAAAAGCGAUGA